UCUCUAUGACUACAAACUGCACACAAACUGCACAUCCAUUGCACAACACUUUCACGUGUUUUACCACUUCUUCGCCGAUUGUCUUUCACACAAAACCACUUAACCAUUGCGUUGAUAAUGAAUUACGUGAGAUGUGGUCCACUUAUGAACAAAUGUUUGACAACUGUCUUAAGAAAUCACUACAAACUAGUGGUUCAGCCAAAGAGCAGAUCUUUGUUUACAUCGGAUGCCAAACAUUUGUGGUCUGUCUGUCAAAGACAUGAUUAUCUCAUUGAACGCAACAACUCGUGGUCUCAUCACUUGUCCAUCAGAUGUCUGUCAAAAACCAAAGACAAACUCAAAGACAAGAAGAAGGGAUCGAAACCGAAGGUUGUGUUAAACGACGAAGAGAUGAAUGAAUUGAUUCCCAUUAAUGAACUGAAGAUUGAAUUAAAUUCAGUGAUCAAUAGAUUGAGAGACGAUUUGAUAGCGAAUGUCAAUAUCAGAAGUAAUCCCAAAUCCAUUGACAAUGUUGUCCUAUUUCUUGUGUCCAACAGUUUGAUGGUUGACAUGAAUGGUGUGAAACACAGUCUCAACGAAGUGGUAACCAUUAACCGAAAGUCUCCGCAACUGAUUGUCCUAAACAUGGCUUCAAUGCCAGAGGCGAUCAAAGCGGUGCUGAAGGCUCUGAAUGAGUCGGGAAUGAACUUAAGUCCACAACAAGAAGGGAAUGUGAUAUACGUUCCGAUCCCUAAAGUGACGCGAGAGCACAGGGAAGGUCUGGCCGACAGCGCCCGCACUCUCAGCCAGAAGGCCAAGGAUGAGCUCAAAGCCAUUCUCUCCUCGUUUACCACUUAUGUUAAGAAACAAAAGAAGGCAAACGUUUCCGAAGAACUCAUCUUUGAUGUGAACCAAAAUCUCAAACAUUUAAUUGAUUCUAAAAUCCAAGAAUGCGACCAAAUUUUGGAUCAAAAGUUGAAGGAAUUGUUGAAAUAA